AAUUCCCUUUAACGUUUGAUCUUAGAAAUUUUUGAAAAAUCGAAAAAAGAUAUGUUGUUUCGAAUUUUUUCAAUCGUCCUUGAAAGCAACCAUAAAAAUGCAAAGCGAGAUUAAAGUUGCCAUACGGUCUUCAAGUUCAACAUGGAGAUUAAAGGAAUCCGAAAUAUGCAUAACAUUUCAAAUAAAUAAGUAUAAUUGGAUUUCUAACAUUUCAUAUCGACGACUUUCUUUCUCGCUUUCUGCAGAUAGGAAGGAAUACUUGAAAAGAUUUAUUUACAAACGAUACGUUUACGUACAAUUUUAUUUUUAUUUUUUUCAUCUUCGACCGAAUUGCUUUACACCUACUAUAUACACACACGCAUACACAUAUAUAUGUAUGUAUAUAUGUAUACAUACAAUGUUGAAAAUGCAACAGGAUGGAUGCACUCUACGAGUUCUCAUACGUUCCUGAUAAUAAAUUCGCAACCACCGAUGGUAAUGCAAAGGCGUAAAUCGAUCCAACUGUUCGAAUUUGUGUAAAAAAGAAAAGAGAAAGAAGAAGAAGAAGAAGAAGAAGAAAGAAAGAAAGAAAAAAAAGGAAUAAUUUCAAAGACGCGAUGUUUGUAUAGAAUCGAAAGAGAGAAUUGAAAGAGACUCGUCGAUAGUCUCUUUAUUCGGUUAUAUGCGCGUCCGAAGCCCCAAACGUAUACGUUACCCUCCGAACGUAUACGAUCCUACGAUCAGCGCGAGCGCAGAAAGCGAGGGAAAAAAGUAGUACUUGCCCUAGCAAAUCUGUGUCAGGCCGGGGUGCGAGCUCGCGGCGCUCAGUGCCCGUCCACCCUCGCUGCCCGGCGACACUGCACGAGUAGCUCUCGUGACGAGUGCAACCGGUGCAUUCCCCACGGUAUCCUCCAUGCACCAACUCGAUUCUCACAUUCGGAGGAACGUCGAUCGGCCGGACGGUUGUCAGUAACGGUCAGUGCCGAGGGCCAAACAAAUAUGAUCCGUCCUCGAUAAAACGAAUUCUAUUUUAUUCUCGAAGGGAGAAAGAAAGAGAGAAAGAGAGAGAGAGAGAGAGAGGACUCCGAGAGAGACAACAGCUUUACGAGUUUAGCUGGGACCAAGGCGUAAAUCCAUCCAGGAGAAUUAAGAAAUCCUGAGAAAGAUGUUCAAUCUCUAUCAAAGUUUGAAUAAGAAGGACGAGGGUGAGAGCCAUCGGGAAUCUGAUGUCACCGGACACGAUAGGUUCUGGCAAGAGAGGCCAAGGACACGACGGAAACGACGUGCCGUCAAUCGCAGAACUCAAAGUGCCAUAGAGCUCGAUUCGGAAGCUAUGGUCUCUGCCCGUGGUGUCCUUCGUCGUGGAAGAAGUGCCAGUAUCGAAGACGAUGAGAGCGAAGAGGAAAAGGGCUAUCAAUUGACCAACAAAAUUGACAACCUAGCUAAGAUACUCUUCAGUCGUGUCUCGGCCGCGCGAGGAUGCAGAGAUCAAAAUGAAAUCAGAAAUGGACGACACCACUACACCGCACUGGGUCACGGACCGUCCGCUUGCGAGGACGUCGGCGAGUACGUGGAAAUGGAGAAAAGGUCCAGAGACCGUGCUUUAUCAAUUUGUCAGACUUAUAUCCAACGAACCUCGCGGUAUACUCUCAUCAAGCAGCUCAACAACGUCGGAUCGAGAGUGGACAAGCACUGGUUCGCCGUAAGAGAUACUUCGCUCAAAACCGACAGACUCAUCACUCUGAUGCCCUUGAAUAGAAAUUGUCCGUUGAGCAUCUGUCCUUCGACGAAAGACAUCCUGAAUAAUUUGUUUCUCGCGCUACAGCAUCCAUACAUUUGUCCUAUAUUCGGUCUAGAGUUUCUCGAGUACGAGGAACUCAACUACGUUGCUCUAAUCCAACCUAUCAAUCACGGUAGUCUGAAGGAUCUUAUAUAUGGCAUCGAGAGGAAUUGCUGGAACGAUGACUGGAGUCAAAAGUACGCUUCUCGCGGGAAAGGUUUACCCUUGUCACAGAUCCAACAGAUGGGUAGACAGAUAUUGGAAGCUUUGGUGUUCCUUAAAGAAAGAGGAUUUCCUGUAGUCGCUCAUUUGCAUUCUGGAAACGUCGUUGUACAGAAUGGCGUUGCUCGUCUCGCUGGUCUCGAAAACACCCUCUUAGGUUUCAAAAGCAGGAUACAUCCUAUAGUGACAUCUCGAUUGACGAAAACGAGUACGGUGGACGUGAUAUGUUUUGGUCACAUGUUGUUUGAAAUGUGCGCCGGCUACGAAUUAUGUUCUUUCAAGCCAACCGCUGCGCAUCUCUCGGAUAUCGAGACGUAUCCACAGGUCAUCGAACUACUUGAGAUAAUAUUUGAUGAGUCUAGAAAUCGGUAUCCGAGUAUAGAAGAACUUCUUAUUCAUGACCUCUUCAGAAACAUAGACCUUCGCGAAAUGCGCUGUGCGCCGGUUACGAUAUUUCGUCCUGCCUUAACACCUUCUAUAAUCAAUUUUCUGGAUGGUAUCAAACGACAAAAUUUAGGUAAAAGCCGACACAGGUCGCGUUCUAUAAACGACAUCCUAUUGAUACACAGGUUUUGGUAAUAUCUUGAAUGAUUCAAUUGAUCCUGAUUACGAAAACUCGGUCAUAGACAUAUAACAUUUAAUUUUCUUUGCAGAUUUACGAACUUAGAUUCGGAAGAUAUGAUAUCACUGAAAAGUCCUGAAGCCGAAUACGAGGAUUCGCUUCUUGUCCAAAUAUACAACGAACUAUCUAACACGACCAUAUAAUAGGGGAACAAUUUUUUCGUCUUAUACACAUUCGUAAUUUUACUACUAACAAUAAGUGCCAAGAAAAAAUAUAAUUACUACCGCAACGAUCGAAAAUAUUGAAGAAAGUGUAUAAUGUAAAAUGUAAAAGAUACAUCUGGAACAUCUAGUAGAAUUGACGCACGUGGAAGUAUAACGCGAACGAUAUUUUGAUAAAUUAUUCUAAGCUUACAUUGAUAUUUAACAAUUCUUUUUUGAGUAAUAUGAAAAUCACACGAAAUUUUCAACGGGUGCUUUUAAACCCUGUUUAUCUUAUAAACGAUAUAUAAAAAUUUGUUUAUGUACAUUUUACGUAUUAGAUAUCAUAUUGACUUUCAAAUUGUAAUCGAUUCAAAUAUUAUCUGACGUUACACAGCAUCUCAUUCUCAAAUUUUACGCAACAUUCUUAUUAUAGCAUGGAUCUAAUACAGGGUGGAUUUUAGGACUAAAUUAUUUAGAUAAUUAAUUCGUCGUUCAAAAAAUUUUAAGAAAUUAGAAAGUCGUAAUAAAAUUAGUAAUAUUCGAAAGAUUUUGUGCCGAUUGGAAGAACACGAAUUAAUAAAUCGUUAACAAAGAUUUCUUUGUCACUGAUGUAAUUUCUCAUACAAACCUAUGUUCCAAUUCGGUUUUGUAUCUGACGACAUGACAUAGUGCCUGAAUGUUUACUAUUUACUUUAUAUUUACCUAAGAGCUACCCAAAAACCCAAAUUAGUAAUUAUACGAACGCUGUUAUUGAUAGGCUCACUGCUGACAAAUAUACAUUUGUUGAUUAAACAUCUGUUUAAUACCACGUAUAAUUAAAGAAACAAAGUAAUGAUACAUCUUGUAUAUAGAAAAAUAAUAUAAGAGCAAGACAUUAUCUUGCACAAAUGCUUGUACAACAUGUAUAAAUUCUUCCAAUUAUUAAACAGAACAUGUGAAAGUACUGAAAUAUUUGUUCUACAAAUAAUUGAUAAACAAUCGAUACAUGAGCAAAAAAAGACAUUCUACGAUAUUGAUUAACACGAGUGAAUUAAAAAAUAAAGUUUUGAUUGAUGUACGCAGUAAGCCUAUGAUAGAACGUUUUUACAAAUUUACAGUACUGAUGCUUUUAACCAACGAAUCAGUACUUCGUGUUUCUCGCCAUUACAUGCAUUUUAAAAAUUCAAUAGAUAUACAUUUUGAUGUGAAAAAUUAAGGUUAAUGUAAUUAUAAUAAAAAACAAGAAAAUAAUUAAAAUUAAUGGAGAACUGAAAUAUUAUUGCUCUUCCAUAAUGUUAUCACUUAUACCACACAGUUUUUUUUUUUUUUAAAUCUUACAAAUAUAUAAAUCACCAUUUCUAAUGCCGUUUAUGAUUCAUUAAUGUUCGUUUCAAUAGUCAAUAAUACUAUUCGGUAGUAUUUCUUGACUUUAAUGUCAGAUGAUUUAAUAAAUUAUUUUUUCGACUUAUGAAGCCCCAGCUUCAAGUUCACUAGCUGGUGUAUCUGGUUCUUCAUCAUUGUAAAUAUUUUCUGCCAUUUGCCAAACUUGCAUUAUAUUAUCUUCUGAUACCGAACAUAUUACCCAUGGUUCGUUGGGAUUCCAUGAAAAGUCACUAAUCUUUGCAGUAUGUCCACCAUGUAUAAACUAUGUAAGAAAGAGAAAUAUAAUAAUUUAUGAAAUUA